AUGUUGGCGCUGCUCGUCCUUGAGAGUGGGGUGCUGGUAGCCUUCAGCUACACCCAGACGCUGGACGGAGAGCGGGACUUCUCGACAGCCAUGAGCAACAAGGACCAGGAUGGGUUCUACCGCGGCACUCGGCGCUACGUCGUCAUCCUCCUGGCUGCGGCUCCCCUCUUUGCCCUCUCAAAGUUUGUCCAAGGGAAGCUUGGUCUGGACUGGCGGCGCUGGCUUACGGAGCACCUCUGCGGCCUGUACUUCCAGAACCGCUCAUUCUACGCUCUUAAGAUCGGGUACCUUUCCUCCAGCAAGACGGUCGCGAGCAGCCCGGGAAUCAAAGGGCAGCAGCAGGACGGCGCUGAAGGCGACGGCAAUGCUGCCGCUAAUAGCUUCGGCGCUAGGGAGGAGGAGCAGCAGCGAGGCGGGAUCGACAACCCCGUCAGCGCGGUGGACAACCCCGACCAGAGGAUCGGAGAAGACAUCUCCACCUUCACCAAGAACUGCAUCGACGUCGUGGUGGUGUUCGUGGGGUCGGUGCUCAAGGUGGGCUCGUUCGUCGGGGUGCUGCUGUCCAUAUCCCCCCGCCUCACCGCCUUCGUGGUGGCGUACUCCGUGGCGGGCACCCUGAGCACCACCGCCCUCUUCGGCGCCCGCCUGAAGCACCUCAUCUUUGAAGGUGCCAAGCGAGAGGCGAACUUGAGGUUCGGCCUGGUGCGUGUCCGCGAGCACGCGGAGGAGAUUGCGUUCUACCGGGGGGAGAAGGGGGAAAAGGAAGUGGUCAAGGGCCUGCUCGAGAAGGUGGUGGGCAACAUCCAUCUCAGGCUGUGGUGCGACGCUCAGCUGGCGGUGUUUUCGAACAGCUUCAUGUGGCUCACGGCGGUCCUCCCUUACCUUGUCGUGGCGGAGCGGUACUUCGCCGGGGAGAUCGAAUUCGGAGUGAUCUCGCAGACGGCCAUGGCCUUCCGGGUGAUCCAGGGGGCCCUGAGCGUCAUCGUGACGCAGAUCCGUACCCUGGCCAGCCUGGCAUCCGAGGUCGACCGCCUUCACUUCCUGGUGGUGUGCAUGGAGAGCAUGGCGGAGGAGAAUCCGGGCGGCAACCCUCCCGCCGGCAGCAACGGCACGACGGCGGCAGCAACGCCCCUGUCUUCCCUCGACGACGGCUAUAUCGCGGUCCCCUCGAGUGACGGCGGUGGUGACAAGGGCAGUGGCGUUAUGGUGCAAAAGGACGGCGACGGGGAAGGAGAGGAGGGCGACGACGAGGAAGAGGCCGUGCUGCUGGACGUGACGGAAGCGGUGGACGGGAGCGGCAACGGAAACGGAGGACGAAACGGCGACGGGGCAGGAGCAGCAGCUGGGAGGCGGAUAACUACAGUGGUGACGGAGAGAGGCCCAGCCGCCGGAAAGGGGCAGAAAGAAGUGAUACUGAAAAUAGAGGACUUGACGCUCUUCACCCCGGACAGAAAGCAAGCGAUCUGCCGAAAGCUGUCCUUCGAGGUGAAGAGGGGACGGUCCGUUCUCAUAUUCGGUCCUUCCGGCUGCGGCAAGUCAUCUCUCCUGCGGGGCAUUUCUGGGCUUUGGUCGGCUGGACACGGAAGCAUUUCCCGGCACUCGGAUGACGAGACGAUGUUCAUCCCGCAGAAACCCUACCUUCCGCUGGGGUCGCUGCGCGCCCAGAUGCUGUACCCGCACUCUGAAGACGAAGUGAUGUUGACCCCGGCAUCCAUGGAAGGCAUUCUUGAGCAGGUUCAGCUUGGAUACCUCUGUUCCAGGUCCGGAGGACUCGGUGCGGUCCGGGACUGGCAGGACGAGCUCAGCCUGGGAGAGCAGCAGCGCCUGGCGUUCUCUCGGCUGCUGACCAACACGCCUUCGACGGUGUUUCUGGACGAGGCCACAUCCGCCCUCGACGAGGAGAACGAGGCCAAGGUGUACUCCUGGUUAAGGACGGCGGCGCUCGACGCCUUCAUCAGCGUGGGCCACCGGGCCUCGCUCUUUCGGUACCACACGCACGUCUUGAGAGGCCAGAGCGACGGCAAAUGGUUCUUUCACACCAUGAAGGACUUCCUGGACAACCACUACUCCCCCGCGCUGCUGGGGCCGGACAAGUGA